ACCAUGGGACCCACCCCAGCGGUCCCCACUCCAUACGGCUGCAUAGGCUGCAAGCUGCCGAAGCCCGACUACCCACCUGCCCUGAUCACCUUUAUGUUCUGCGCAAUGGUUGUCACCAUUGUUGUAGACCUGAUCGGCAACUCCAUGGUCAUCCUGGCUGUGUCGAAGAACAAGAAACUCCGAAAUUCUGGGAACAUCUUCGUGGUCAGCCUCUCUGUGGCUGAUAUGCUGGUGACCGUCUACCCCUACCCUCUGAUGCUGCAUGCCAUGUCCGUUGGGGGCUGGGAUCUGAGCCAGUUCCAAUGCCAGCUGUUCGGGUUCAUCACAGGGCUGAGUGUGGUCGGUUCCGUCUUCAACAUCUUGGCCAUCGCCAUCAACCGUUACUGCUACAUCUGCCACAGCCUCAAGUACGAGCGGAUCUUCAGCAUGCGCAACACCAUCAUCUACCUGGUGGUCACCUGGGUCAUGACCUUCCUGGCCGUCCUGCCUAACGUAUACGUUGGCAUCAUUGAGUAUGACCCUCGCACCUACACCUGCAUCUUCAACCACCUGAACAACCCUAUCUUCGCGGUGACCAUCGUCGGCAUCCACUUCGUCCUUCCGCUCCUUGUUGUUGGUUUCUGCUACAUGAGAAUCUGGACAAGGGUGUUGGCAGUUCGUGACCCAGCUGUGCAGAGUGCUGACCGCCAGCUCGCUGAGGUUCGCAACUUUCUAACCAUGUUUGUGAUAUUCCUCCUUUUCGCAGUGUGCUGGUGCCCUGUCAACGUGCUCACUGUGUUGGUGGCUGUCAACCCGAAGAUGGCAGGCAAGAUCCCCAACUGGCUUUAUCUUGCAGCCUACUUCAUAGCCUACUUCAACAGCUGCCUCAACGCUGUCAUCUACGGGGUCCUCAAUGAGAGUUUCCGGCGAGAAUACUGGACCAUCUUCCAUGCUUUGCGACACCCUAUCCUGUUCCUGUCUGGCCUCAUCACUGAUUUCCGUGAGAUGCAGGAGGCCCGCGCUCUGGCCCAAGCUCGCAUCCGUGCCCGCGAUCAAGCCCGAGAACAGGCUCGAGAACAAGAACGUGCCCGUGCCAGUCUCGCUGCCGAGGGAAACCCGCCGAGUGUCCGCAAUGUUGCGCUGCCUGGGGAUUCUGCAUCUGGCCGCCCUGAUCGUGCCUCUGUCCACCCCAAGUCCCACACCAGGUCUGCUUCUGCUUCUGCUUACCGCAAACCUGCCUCUAGCUACAACAAGUCUCACUUGUGCCACUCCAAGGCUGCCUCUGGCCACCCCAAGUCUGCCACUGUCUACCCUAAGUCAACCUCCGUCCACUUCCAAGCAGCUGAGCCUGUCCAUUGCAAGCCUGCCUCUGUCCAUUUCAAGGGUGACUCUGUCCAUUUCAAGUCGGCUUCCAAGCCUGUCACUGCUCACCACUCCAAGUCCAGCCUCAGCCAUGCAACCAGCUACCCUAAAUCUACUCCUGCCUGUAUCAAGUCCGCCCUCAGCUACCCUGAGCCCACUUCUGUUGACUAUCUGGAGCCUUCCACCAGCCACGCUGUGCGCACUGAUGCUGACCACUCUGAGCUCUCGGCCUCCCACUGCGCUGUGAUCACCACCACUGGCGACCUUGAGUCUGACGUCAUUGAACUCCCCGGGCCUGACUCCCCCGAGUCCUGUGAGCCUGCUGCUGCCCCUCCUGACCUCACGGUUGUCACCGUUGCUACUGGCGAUGCCAGCGAGGUGGUUAUUGAUGUCGAUGAUGAUUCCGAUGAGAUGGCCGUGUGA